AUGACCAAUGUUGUUGAUAUGCCUUUUUCUGACAUCGAUGACUCGGAUGCGGAUCUAUACGCGAUGGACCUUCCUUUAUCGCUCGCAGGCGAACUGGCCGCACAACAAGCGACAACUCACUGCGCAAAUGUCAGCGGUUCAACGCAAUCGGAGCAAUUAGAACUUCAAGCUACUCCAGAGCCUCCGCCCAGUCCUCCUUUCUUCAAACCAGCAUCCUGGAACGCGAUUGAUGCCGCCACCGCGGAAUACUAUGCCAAUAUGCAGCAGGAGAUAGCCGCACAAGAGCUUCGCGAUGUGAAGCGUUGUCUAGACCUGCGACAUAACAUCGCUCGCACCGCCAAAACGAAGAUUUUCGAUUCUGAGCCGCUCGUUGUACCCAGCUCCUGGUCGAUGUCGGGAGUUCACCUAAAGAGCUUGGUGAAGCAUCCUUUUCUGCUUGAGGAGUACCUGGAAGGCGAGCACUUUUCCCGCGAGGCGAUCAGGAUUCGAAGGGAAUACUUUGAAAUCAAACACUGUGGCUCACCGGAGAUCAAGCGUCUCGCUGCCAUGGAAGCAGACUACAGAGAAAGCCAGGCGUCACGGUCGUUGCUUGAUCUCCUGCUAGAAGCCAUUCAACAUGCAACGCAAAAGCUCAUCUUGGAGCUUACAGAAGGCGAUAAGACUACGAAGAGACCUGUCUUGGAUCUAUGUCGUCGCCUGGUCGCUUAUUCGACCCACACAGAUGAUGAUGGUGAGCUCAUUCGGGCCGUGGAAGCGAUCAAUGAUAUAGAACGAGGACAUAUGCAGUUGCAAUACGAUAACGUGUUGGAACGGUCCACGGAAACUUCGUCAAAGUCUUCGAUGCCUCAUGCAGUCGCUCCACCAGACUCACCACCGCCUUAUCACAUCUGUCUUCCAGCAGAGCCAGCGUCGUCGCCACCACCGGUUGAGACAUCCCCGCCCAAGGAUCCGAGUCGGCUGCGUGUAAAGUUCCAAGAGAAUUUGACAUUGCUCAGUUCAGACAUAGGCCAUUUGACACAUCCCAUCGUCAUGAUGGCCCUCGAACCGCCGCCUGUAGCUUCAAGGCCCGCCGACCUCACUCCCGCUCCUCACACCAUAAUCCGCCCUGUGGCUUCAAGACCAACGCCUAUCAGGCCGGAAGCGACGCUCUCACCGGGGUCUUCGCUCGCAAAUACUGGCAAGAAGCGUCGGGCAAGCCGGGAACUGGCUGCUACAAGCGAUUGCGAAACAAACCCGACCAAACGACCCAACAGGAGUGAGCGUGACGGAAACGCCCACUCCGCGCAAGUCGAGAGUCGCGAUGCCAAUGUCGAAAUAGGCAACACAGCGCGACCGACGUGUCCUACUCCGAGCCCCCAGAUGCAAGCAGCGCUUGCAGAGGCAUGCAGGAAGAGGGAUGAGCGACAAUCGAACCAAUGGCAACUUGUGAUUUACAAGCGCGAUGAGUAUGUCUUCUGGAAGAAAGAGUGGAGAAGAUUUGAAGAUACUGACAAUGAAGCGUAG